AUGGUUCCCAAGCUAGAGGGCAGAAUGAAGCGGCUCGACCAGGCGCAGAAUCGAAGCUCAGUGGAGUUGCUUUGCGUGGCGGAGGAGGAAUCCACUGGUACCAUCACGCCCCCAGAAGAGAAAUCGCCUCCUCCUGGCAAGGCAGGGAUGAUGUGGACCGCUGACUAUGGUCCGCGCCAGAGAGAGUCCCGCGGAGAAGGCGGCGAGGAAAGCACGGCAGGGCGAAACGUCUCCAGGAGCCCUGUGGAGCCCCUGGCGCCGCCGGUGCUGUUGGAGAAGGAGGUUUACCGCAGCGGGCGAAGCGGGUCAAGGGAGAUGAAUCAGGGGCGCUCCGGGGAUCCAGAGGCUAUGAUGUUUUCAGGCUUUGGCCAGGCAGACAUCGAUGUGACCGUGGCCUGUGAGGCGGACGAUGAGAAGCUCCCGCCUGACCAGGAGGCUGGCAUCUGCGGAUCUAUGCGGCUGAGUGAUAGCGAUUUGGAAGGUGGCUUGGCAAUCAGUAAGACGCCCAAGAGGGUGGAGCCUAAGCCCAGUGCCUACACGCUUUUCGGGCGCACAGUUCUCAAGGAGCAGAGCGGAGCAGGAGCUUUGACCAUAGCCCUGCGGCUUGCCCUCAACCAAACUUCCAUUUUGCCUGCACUGGUCAAGGUGAGCUCUGACGAGGUUCUGUCCUAUGUAGUGCAGGACGGUUCUUUGUAUUUGAAGCCCUUCUUGGGGGUGAGCGCCCUGGCCAAGAGCAGGGUGGCCAUGGGAGAAGAUGCGGACCCAGAACCGGGGAAGACGCCUCGCAGCCCUGGCCUUGUUUUCGAGCCUUUCGACUCGUCCCUGCCUCUCCGGGAGCUGGUGGUCUCACUGUACUUCAAGAGACCAGAAAAGCACCGUUCCAAUUUGCUCCAGACGGUAGCGACCUUAGCCCAGGUUGUGACAGCCAACGACAUCCUCGAGCUUUGCGGUGGCUGCGUGACGAAGUCUUCCAAGGAAAUCUUGGAAAACAUGACCCUCAGGAGCAUCUUGUCUAAAGAGCUCAGCGAUUUCGAGCUCGACACUACAGAGGACACGGCUGCGCUUGAAGUAAUGCAGAAGCUCCUCAAUUCCUCGGGCCGAGCAGUACCAGUUCUUGCUCAGCCGGAUGCACCUUCGCCAAGCUACAGGACGUCGGGGCGGAUCCGAAUUCUAGCUCAAUUCGAUCUGGCAGCCCUGUGGACCGUUUUUGGAUAUAAGGAUGACUCUGACCUGUGGUGGUGGGAGAGUGAAGAUGUUACAUCCAACAUCUUCCUCCACUCUUGUGUCGAUUUUUUGGCAUUCGGCCGCAAGAACUCUGAUGGCAGGGACCAGGCGCCUGUGGCAAAAGUCUCACUGGAUGAGAAGCUGUCCAAAGUGAUCGGACGCGCCUGUACCAGCCCCUUCCGGCACGUGGUCGUCUAUGAGGAGGCCAACGACCGGCAACUCAGAAAUCCUUGCUGUGAGAUAUCCUCUCACGAGUUUGUGCAGUCACUAUGCGGCGCUGGACUCCUGUCACAACUGGACUUCAACAGCUGCAAACCACGGCCCGCCCGUUUCCGCCGGAUGUUUUCCAGUCAUGCUGGCAUCACCUCCGACUCCAUGUCGAAGGAGAGCUCGGCAAUGUCUCCAACGGCGCAGAAGGAUCCGGGUGGACCCCCAGGAACUGUCAGCUUCAACAACAUGGUGGAAGUGGAAGCUUUGGUAGUCCCAGUCUGCCCAGUUCACCAUGGGAAGUUCAUGCAGUACGAGGCUCUGAAGGAGCUUCUUGCAGAUUUCCAUAAGCUGAAGGAGCUAGCGCAGGAUCCUUCCACCUGUGUGGCCUCCUGUACAGCUUUCUGCAGGUCGUGCGCGAAAUCAUUUGGCAAAGUUCAGCGCCGCCCUCUCUCUGCAAGCCACUAUAAGACUGCCAUCAAGAAG